GGGCGCGUAGCCCCGCCCCCUAGGAGGCCGUGCUGGGAGGGGCAGGUGCGCGGGGGAAGCUAAGCGGGGCCGGGCGGGGGGUGAGCGUGGAUGGGAGACCUGCCCGGCCUUGUGCGCUGAGGCUGGCGACGCUGCUCUCGGAUGCUGACUAAAAAUGAGUAAAAGCAAGCAUACCACUGAAAAAGACGUCGAUGAAGGAGAUGAUGACAGCGAUGACCUAGCCGAGUAUACGGAGAGCUUUAACCAGCUGGAGCUGCUGGAAACACACAGGCACUUGAUUCCUGUGGGCACGCAGAGCUGCUGGUCAGGGCAGUCGGAUGACGAAGAUGACGAACAAGAGAGAAGCGAGGAAUGGUAUGAAAUGCAAGAAAAAAAGAUGGAAAAAAAUCCAGAGAAACUGCUACUCUGGGCAGCCGAAAACAAUCGGCUGAGUACAGUGAGGAGGCUCCUUUCCGAGAAGCUGGCCCCCAUUAACGCCCGUGAUGAAGACCAAUACACUCCUCUCCAUCGAGCUGCCUACAGCGGGCACUUGGACAUGGCACGGGAAUUGGUUGCCCAAGGGGCGGAUGUUCACGCGCAGACGGUGGAUGGCUGGACGCCCCUGCACAGCGCGUGCAAGUGGAACAACACAAAAGUGGCCUCGUUCCUACUUCAGCAGGGCGCAGACAUCAACGCCCAGACAAACGGCUUGCUGACACCAUUGCAUAUUGCUGCAGGGAACAAAAACAGCAGAGAAACCCUUGAGCUUCUGCUGAUGAAUCGCUAUGUGAAAGCAGACCUGAAAAAUAAUCUGGAUGAAACUGCCCUCGACAUCGCUAGGAGGACUGAUGUAUAUCACUACCUGUUUGAAAUAGUAGAAGACUGCAUAAAUGCUGUGACCCCUUAAAAGUUGUGGUUAGAAUUGUGAACCUGGGUUUUCCUACCUCUUGUCUGUCACGCAGCGUUCUGCAUGCUUGUCAGUGGUGGUCUGUCCCUUCGCAACGAGGCUUCCAGUUAAGAUACUUGGAUGUUCUUCAGUCUGGUUACUUUCUGCAACUCAACUCAGUGGUUUCCCUCAUGCUUUGAAAUGUUAUUUCUGUUAUCAAGGUAUUCAGAAAGUCUCAGUGAUUUCAGUAAUUUCAGUGAGUCUGUUUAAUUAGCGCAAAUUUGAAGGGAGCUUUGUGAUUGGUCCAAAACAAUGUCAAAGCAAGAGGGAAAACUGGACUAUUUAUGUGAAAGAAUUCAGGCUUGGUUAUACAAAAUUUAUUACAGCUCAAGAGAAAAUUAUUUUUUCAGAAAUUUAAUUUUUUAAAAAAUUGCAUGAAAGCUCAGUAUGAAUGUAACUUAUUUGGGUGAUACACAAAAUGCUGUGAUCUGUUGUAAGGCCUAUUAUAAAAUAAAACACUCAACCCUACA